AUGACAGUUGGUGACCAGCUAAUUAGCGAGGGCCGCUGGAUGCAGCCGGAGGUGGACUUGCUGAAGGCAUUUCUGCCAGUAGGCGGUGUGGCUGUGGAUGCAGGGGCCAACAUCGGUGGCUUCGCACUCCCCCUGUCGAAGCACGUGGGUCCAGAUGGGCAGGUCCAUGCCUUUGAGCCCUUCCGCAACAUUUUCCAGGUCUUGACGGCUAACUGCGCCAUCAAUGGCCUGCUUAGCUGCUUUACGUAUCACAACGCUCUAGGUAACAAGACAGAGCAUCGACGCCGGCCCAUGCCGGGUCUUGCCGCUGUCGGAAACCCGUCAAAGUCUUUCGUCGUGGACGAAGUCGCUUCCGAGCUACUCGUCCACCACGAUAGCCGAGGGCGGAGUGAGACGGUCAGCGUCGUCCGCCUUGACGACAAGCUCAAGCUUGACAGGCUUGAUGUUAUGAAGAUCGACGUCGAGAGUGGCGAGUAUGAGAUGCUAUUGGGAUCUGAUGCAACCAUUCGCACUCAUCAGCCGCUGAUCUACGUCGAGGAUUCAGAAUCCGAUCAGCCACCACCAACUCGAGUGGUGCGACUGCUCUCAGAAUCACACUCGUACUGGUGUGCUGACCCGAAGGAGCUCGGGCUCCAGUUAAUGACGUCCACGCUUUGUGCUCCGCCACGGAUGGUUGGCGAGAUUCGAGACCGCAUCCGCAACAUCCGUUGGACUGGUCCGCCUCGGUGA